AUCAAAAAAUUAAGAGCAUUUAUUUUCAAGAUCAUUAUUUGUAAUUUGCUGAAGUUUAAAGUAGUUGGUAGUUGAGACCAUUUCUAAGUUCCUACUUUCGGGACCAAAGACAAAGUACGAACAUAGAAUCGCAUGAGAAUUCUUAGUUAGUAGGAGUAACAUUUAAAGUAACUGUCGCUGUCAGGAUGAAAAAUUAGGAAAUCAUUGUUGACUCUUCAAUGGUUCUUCGUUGCUAUUGGUCUUAGGCAGAAAAAGCCGUUGUUUGCGACAUCCAGUGCUCUGUGAAGCAAGUUUCAAACAAUUUGACUUAAAAAUGGGGAAAAAGCAAGUGAUGGUGCCGGUUAAUGAAGUAGACCUCACUGAAGUGAAAUAUGUGCCGGAAAAAUUUGAAGCUCCACAUUUGACUGGUUUUUGGUUCAAGUUGUUUGUUAAAGUAAUGGAGGCACCUUUAAUUGGCUCUUUAAUUACCACUCACCUGAAGCAGAAGAAUGGAAUGACUGAGAUUCUCAAGAAUACCGUGAUCCCGGAGGUGCCCAUGUUCAUUCCCCAGUUCCCUCUUCAAGAUCCAGAGCCUGGUGUUGUUUGCUUAGAAGAAGAUGUAAAACCUGAAGAACGGAUUGAUUUAGCCUUGAAGUGUCUUCCACAUUAUGAUCCUUCUAGCAGUUGGAAUUCUGGUUCAGGAGAACCGUUCCCAUUCCGCUACUGGAAAAUUCGUGAUUAUGGAUAUGCUUACAGAUCUAAGUUUACGACCCCAUCUAUGGUUGCAGAGCAUUUUAUCUCAGCAAUAGAGGUACUUAAUGAUAAGCAGCCCUCAGCACCAUUAUUAAUCUCCUUCAACCCCAAGGAGGUGAGAAGGCAAGCUGCAGCUUCCACUCAAAGAUUUGAAGAAGGAAUACCAUUGUCGAUCUUGGAUGGAAUUUUAAUUGCAGUCAAGGAUGACAUUGAUUGCUUUCCUCAUCCUUCAAAGGGUGGUUCUACAUGGUUUCAUGAGGUUCGCCAGGUAAACACAGAUGCAGUUUCUGUGUCAAGAUUACGAAGCAGUGGUGCAAUUUUAGUAGGAAAGACAAAUAUGCAUGAGUUUGGUAUGGGCACAACAGGGAAUAAUCCGAAUUACGGUACACCUGGAAAUCCGCAUAAUCCAAAAAGAUACACAGGUGGUUCUUCCUCAGGUUCAGCUGCAAUUGUCGCUUCUGGAUUGUGUUCAGCAGCAUUGGGAACAGAUGGUGGAGGUUCAAUACGAAUUCCUGCUUCUCUUUGCGGGGUUGUCGGCUUGAAAACACAUUUGGACGGACUGACCUGA